AUGGUGGAGUCACACACUCGAGUCCGACCCUCCCUCGUCGGCCCUGUCCGGAAGGUUGCGCGCGUUCUGCGCCGCAACCUCCCCCCGCUGAACUUCAUCACCCUGCACUAUGCAUAUUUUUUCUUCACCUGCCUCUUGUCUGCUGUCAUCUUCUGGGGUGCUUCCACGCCCGCCAGGAGCGUCAGCUUCACCGACUCGCUCUUCCUCUGCGUCAGCGCCAUGACGCUGGCUGGUCUCAAUACCGUCAACCUCUCUAGUUUGAACACCUUCCAGCAGGUCCUCCUCUUCUUGUUGAUCAUGGCCGGCUCCGCCAUCUUCGUCUCUGCAUUUGUAGUGCACGUCCGGCGAAAGGCGUUCGAGGCCAAGAUUUACAAAGUAGUCGCAGAACAAAAGCGACAAAGGCACAGGUUCUCUUUGAGUAGGCCUCGAUCAAGGCGUUCCUCGCGUAGCCGUCUACGUUCUGCGGUGGCUAAUCAGAAGCAGCCCGAUGCGGCCAUUGUCAGGGCGACGGAGAAUGACGGCGUUGCUGUCGUCGGUCAGGAUAUACCCCAGAUCGUGGAAGAGAAGCCAGGCCCGGACGACGUGGUUCCAAAAGAGACGCAUGGCCAGAACGGUGCUCCGAGUAAGGAUGACCACGUGAGCUUCGGCCCUGACGCUUUUCUGGACACGAGUCGUGAGCCGCGGUCACGGCGCCACAGCCACAGGCUGCUGAACAUGCAAGGGGUUGGAGCGCGCUCCAACGCCAGCUUGCAUCGGCGCCACAGUUUUGGUGGCCAGGACUCGAUUUAUACAUCGCGAUCUCAGCCUACUGAGCACGACGACGAUGACGACAUCAAGAAGGCUCUGAAAGAGCAUCCCUCACAGAUGUUUCCCCCGGCGGACUUUGCAGGCUCCAUCGGACGAAACUCCCAGUUCCAUCAUCUGACUGAGGAAGAACGAGAGGCUCUUGGCGGUGCUGAGUACAAGGCCAUUAAAGUCUUAUGCAUAAUUGUGCCGCUGUACUUUAUUCUCUGGCAACUGCUGGCUUGUAUUGGCAUCGGCGCAUACAUUGCCUUGAACAGGUCUGACACCGCUCUACGGAAUGGACUUAACCCUUGGUGGGUUGGUGCUUUUAAUGCCGUCUCCGCAUUCAACAAUUCGGGGAUGAGUCUGCUCGACGCUAACAUGACGGCAUUCCAAACAGCUUACUACAUGCUACUCACCAUGGGCGUGCUCAUUCUUGCCGGCAACACGUGUUAUCCGGUUUUCCUUCGCCUCAUUGUCUGGUCUAUGCAGAAAGCGUUGCCUGCAACUGAGCGAUGGGAUGAUUUGCGUCAUACGCUCCAGUUUCUACUUGAUCAUCCGAGGCGGUGCUACACUAAUCUUUUCCCGUCGCAGCACACAUGGUGGCUUUUGCUGUCUGUCAUUACUCUCAACGCAAUUGACUGGGCUGCGUUUGAAGUGCUCAACAUUGGGAACAAAGCAAUCAGCGACCUGCCGACAGCAGCAGAGAUCAUCGAUGGCUUGUUUCAAGCUCUGGCUGUGCGGUCCGGUGGCUUCUACGUGGUCCCAAUCACGUCGGUUCGGAUCAGCCUGCAGGUUUUGUAUGUCAUCAUGAUGUAUAUAUCGGUGUAUCCGGUUGUUAUCACGAUGCGCAAUUCCAACGUCUACGAGGAACGCAGCUUGGGCAUCUAUGCCGAUGACCCGCAUCUGAACGCGUUGGACGAGAUGCGUGAUGAGAAGCCGUCAUUCUUUGGCUUCGUCAAGGAACGCUUCCUCGGGCCCAAGGGAGAAGAGCAAACAAAAUCGUACUUCCUGCGGCAGCAGCUGCAGGCGCAGCUGGCGCACGAUCUGUGGUGGCUUGUCUUGGCCGUCUUCGUGAUCAUGAUCAUGGAAGGCAGCCAGUUCGAGCGCGAUCCGGUCAACUUUUCGGUGUUCAACGUCAUCUUCGAGACGGUCAGCGGAUAUGGCUGCGUGGGUGUCUCGACGGGGGUGACGUACGACGCGUUCAGUUUUUCGGGCAGCUGGCACACGCUCAGCAAGCUCGUACUUUGCGUGGUCAUGCUCCGAGGUAGACACAGAGGCCUCCCGGUGGCGAUUGACAAGGCGGUGCUGCUGCCGAACGAGGCACAGUACCAGGCCGAAGAGGAGGACGCACAGCUCCGCAUGGAGAGGACUGCGACUAGGCGCGACAUUGUUUGA